AUGUCGUACUUAGACAAACUUGAUAGAUGUUGUGAUUCACUGCGUUCCAGCAUUCGUUCUAUUUCCACAAGUGUCGAAACUCUUGACAGCGGGACUUAUGACUUCGAUCGAAUUACACAAAUUUUAAAAAGCAAACGUCACUUCCAGCUUGUUUCGGAAGCACAAUUGCAGUUACAGCGAGAAGAAAUUGAACAUCUCGUCAAACCUAAGCUUCUUCAGGCGUUUUGCAAACUUGAACACGCAGUAGAGCUUCUUCAACAACAAGAAAGCUCUUUAAAAAGUAAAUGCCAGCUUUUGAGUGCUCGUCUGGACACGAUGAGGAAUCGACCUUCCUCUGCAUUUGCACCAGCUGAGCAGUUCUCCGACCAGUUAAAAGCUACUAUUGCGAAAAGACAAAGGCUGUUAUACACGUUAGAACGCUAUAAACUGCAGCUUCAGCAGAAACAGGGUUAUUAA